GCGGACAAUUUAAUGUAUUGUGAUAGUCUGUGAGACCUUGAGAUGGAGAAUGACGUAAAUUAUUUUGAUUACAUGGCCGAUCUUUGGCCCUUUUCUGUUGACAAGACUCUUUAAGCUCCCAUUAAGCAUCCUGGAGCCCCAGAGAGCACUGAGAAUUGGCGAGUGACCCUGUUUUCUGUAUUUCAAUUUGAGAUGGCUGCAUUGGGAAUAAUACGUCGCAUUCGAUUGGGUGUGUGUCAGCAGGUGCACUACAGAACGUUUUCCUUGGUGUCUCUGCCAGAAACACAUAAGAUGUUGCAGAAAACUUGUAGAGACUUUGCAGAGGGGGAACUGAAGCCGAUUGCUGCCAAGUUAGACCGUGAGCAUUUAUUUCCAGAAGAACAGAUCAAGAAACUGGGACAGCUUGGUCUGAUGGGAAUAAAUGUGUCCGAAGAGUAUGGUGGUCCUGCUCUUGAUUCAUUAGCAUUGUCUGUUGCUGUUGAGGAAAUAGCCAGGGGCUGUGGAGGUACUGGAACCAUUGUUAGUGUCCAUAAUACAUUAUAUGCAAAUGUAUUGGAUCAGCUUGGAACUAAGGAGCAGAAGGACAAGUUUCUUGUUGGUUUUGUAGAUGGCACCCAUGUUGGAUGCUUUGGCAUCAGUGAACCCGGUGCUGGCAGUGAUGUAGGAGCUAUGCUGACAACAGCAAAACUUGAUGGGGAUGAAUGGGUGUUAAAUGGUACAAAGGCAUGGGUAACAAGUGGCUAUGAGGCAAAGGCAGCUAUUGUGUUUGCUACUGUUGAUAAAAGCAAAAAACACAGAGGAAUCACAGCAUUUAUUAUUCCUGUUCCAACCCCAGGUUUUUCAUUAGGAAAGAAGGAAGAUAAAAUGGGUAUACGUGCUUCUUCUACUUGCAACCUGAUCCUAGAGGAUGUUAGGGUUCCACAAGAACAUGUUUUGGGAGAAGUUGGAGGUGGCUUCAAACUUGCAAUGAAAAUGCUAGAUGGUGCACGUAUUGGCAUCUCUUCACAAGCCCUUGGUAUUGCACAGGCUGCAUUGGAUUGCGCUGUUGACUAUGCAUCUAAACGGAUUGCAUUUGGAGGACCCAUUAUCAAAUUACAGAGUGUCCAGCAAAGACUGGCUGAUAUGGCUAUACGCUUGGAAGCUGCUAGACUUCUAACUUGGAGAGCUGCUGUUAUACGUGACACUGGUGAAAGAAGCACCAAAUAUUCAUCAAUGGCAAAACUGGCAGCAUCAGAAGCAGCUACUUUUGUUUCACAUAACUGUGUACAGAUUCUUGGUGGUAUGGGUUAUGUGACUGACAUGCCAGCUGAAAGGCAUUACCGUGAUGCCCGCAUCACAGAGAUUUAUGCAGGUGUCAAUGAUGUCCAAAAGUUGGUUAUUGCUGAAAAUAUUGCUAAGGAAUAUGGUAUUAGCACCAGAUGAUUAAUUUCUUGAGAAAGUGUAUUCUGCCAUUUAACAUUUUAAGACAGCUGCUCAAUAACAGGACCAUGGAGUAAAACGUUUUUACAGUGCUUUCAUUUAAAUAUUAUUAUUUUUAUAAAGCUCUCAAAAAGUUGUGCUGUUGCUUUUGUCUUGUAGAGAAUAUCAGUUACAGCAGUUUUAAAUUUAUUAGUAUUUUCUUACACCCCAUUUCAUGGUUUUACCUCAUUUACUGUAUAAUCUCAUAGUUGUAAGGGUAAUAGUUCAUUGUAUGAUAUUUUAUUAACUAUCUGAUACAUAUAUGUUAUUUCUGUUAUAUUUACAGAUUAAUGGUGUAGGAUGUGAAUAAUUCAAGAUUUUAAGAAUAUUAUAUUUUAUUUUUCCGUUAUGUCUAUAGGCAUGUGAAUAGUCUAGUUCUCUUGUUUUGUGAAAUAAAGUAUUUGGUGUGGAAACUUCA